ACAGCUAGAUGAAGGUGUUGGUUUGUGUCCUCCUGGCUGUCCUCCUGACGGAGACGUCGGCCUCAUCUUCAGGCCUGGUCCCCAAUGUGAGUCUUUAUGAUGUCGUGUGGAGUUACAGCGACCCGUUGGCGGAGGAGAUUCUCCGCUCGUCCUCCUUCGUCGAGGCGCUCCGGUCCAGCCGGCUCACGGAGCGCUGCUACACCCGCUUCGUCCAGCAGGAGGCGCUCUAUCUGCACCGAGUCAGCAGCAUACUGGGGGUUCUGGUUAAUAGUUUACAGGAAGAAGAUGACAUCAGGUCACUGCUGCUGGACACGCUGAAACACUACAGCAGCAGAAACCAGAGCGUCCAGGCUUCGCCUCCCCCACAGUGGCUCCUCUCCUCCCUCCUGUCCUUCCCCUCGCUGGUUCUGGAGGAGCCCGUCUACUGGCUGGUGGCUCUGUCGGCCCGGGCCGGCCUCCGGCGCUUCCUGGCCGAGCGGCUGCUCUUCUCUCAACUCCGACCUGGAGCCUCGCUGUUGUUUGAGGCCGAGGAGUGGAGCAAAGAAACGCUGAGGGAGGUCGCCUGGACACGCAGGUACAGACGAGUGUUGGAGGAACGCCAGGACCGGAUGGACGUGUUUAAAGCCAUAAACAUCUUCAGAGAGCACAUGUUGAACCAGAAGAGUUUCUACAAGACUGUAUCGUGUGAUGAAGACGAGGAUAGCAGCUGCGGAUGAAGAUGUCCAGACACAAGCAACGAACGGGAACCGGCUCUCCGCCAGGACCGAGGACGUCUUUGUACAGACAACUCCUGGCAGAAAUUAGGACUUUAAAGAACGUGUUGUUGAUGAAGAUACAAUAUCUGAUUCUGUUGUUUACUGCAACAUUCAGCAUCUCUUUUACAUUCAGAAAUCAUCUUUUAUGCAGAGACACACACAGACACACACACACACAUAUACACACACAUACACACAUACACA